AUGAACCAGCGCAUAGGCUCUCUAGUUGUGGCAUCAUCAGUCGCUUUUACCCUCAACUAUAGGCUCAAUCCCUCAGCCGUGCGAUAUAACGACAGCGGUAGUACUACGCAAUGGCCUAGCACUCGACCUAAUAUUUCUAAGAGAGGGCCAAAAGAAUCGAGCCAAAAGGAAGACAAUGACGCCAAAGCUCCAGCAGAAAGCCAGGAUGACGAAAUUCCCCUUUUCGAGGAUGAGGAUAGUGCAGCGUGGGCCUCUUUCUCUUUGAAUGUUGCUAUUGCCCGCAAGUCGAUAUCAUCUGUCCAGUGGACGACACUUGGAGACAAGAUCACGGAUCGAUUCAUUCCGCAAUGGGCCUACGAUCUUCCGGACUAUGUGGCAAAGCUUCAGCGAGAGAUGAACAUGGCCAGAGGGUCACUUGCCGAGGAGAUCUGGCAAGAAGCUCAGGAUGAAAACAUUCAUCCCGAGAUUGCGCUGAAUGCGAGAGUAAGGGUCGGCAAAGACUUGUGUUCUGAUGAAAUGGCCUUCGUCCGGCGCAGAAAGAGAUACACAAGGUGUGCACUGGCAAAGUACCUCGAGAUACCAGAGGCCGAUGUGGAUCCCAGAGACGUGCCCACCAUCGCAGUGUGUGGAUCAGGUGGAGGUCUAAGGGCCCUAGUUGCUGGAGCAGCAUCAUACUUGAGUGCGCAGGAGGCAGGGCUCUUUGAUUGCGCCACUUACACUGCCGGUGUCAGCGGCAGUUGCUGGCUGCAGACUCUGUACAACUCAAGUCUCGGUGGCCGUAGACAUGACAAAGUUAUAGAGCACCUGAAGAAACGCAUAGGCAUCCAUAUAGCAUACCCUCCCAGUUUCCUAGACUUGUGUACUCGAGCUCCCACAAAUAAAUUCCUCCUUGCUGGCUCCGUGGAACGGCUCAGAGGAGACCCGCAAGCAGAUUUUGGCCUCGUCGAUGUUUAUGGCCUACUGCUAUCGAGCCGAUUGAUGAUCCCACGAGAUGAGCUCAGCGUCGACGAUCGAGAUCUCAAGCUCUCCAACCAACGGUUUUACCUCUCUAGUGGUGCAAAUCCACUUCCCAUUUAUGCCGCUGUUAGGCAUGAGAUACCGUUAGAGGACGAGAAAGUGAAAGGCGAGACAAUGGACGCAGCGAGGGCAAAGGCAAAGCAAGAGGCAUGGUUCCAGUGGUUCGAAUUUACUCCUUACGAGCUUUUUUGUGAAGAGUUUGAGGCCGGCAUCCCCUCAUGGAGCAUCGGCCGUCACUUCCAAAUGGGAAGAAGUGUGAACCGUGACAAUAGGCCUCCACUUCCAGAGCUUCGCCUUCCGCUUCUGAUGGGAAUAUGGGGCUCCGCAUUUUGCGCCACCCUUGCCCACUAUUACAAAGAGGUCCGCCCCGUGAUAAAAGGACUUGCUGGCUUUGGAGGCAUCGACGCCCUGCUUGAGGAGAAGAACGAUGACUUGAUCAAAUUGCAUCCAAUUGAUCCAGGAACAAUCCCAAAUUUCGCAAGAGGCCUUGAAAACCGGCUGCCAUCGACUUGUCCUAAGAGCAUCUUCAACGAUGAAUAUCUCGAGCUGAUGGAUGCUGGCAUGAGCAAUAAUCUUCCUCUCUAUCCGCUACUCCGUAGAGACCGAAACGUCGACAUUGUUGUCUGCUUUGAUGCUUCUGCCGAUAUCAGGCAGGAAAAUUGGCUUUCUGUUGCCGAGGGCUACGCAAAACAACGAGGUGUCAGAGGAUGGCCCGUAGGUGCUGGCUGGCCAAGAGCAGAAGACGAAACAAAGACGGAGCUCGACGCAGCUGAUGCAGCGACAGCUCAACAGGCUGCUGGCAAAAUAGCUGAGACGCGAGAAGAGCAGAGAGGGAGGUCUCAAAAUAAUGUCAAGGAUCACAUCGCAAAGCACGAGACCCAGGAAUCUGACCUGGGCUAUUGCAAUGUCUGGGUUGGCACCACCAUGGAUCGCAAGAGCGACGAAAAGCCAUCACAAAGCUCGCGGGUUGAGCUUGAUGCCGACUGGAAGCUCCUAGCUCCCGAGGCUGGAAUUACGGUUGUCUAUUUUCCCUUCCUACGAAAUCCCAAGGUGGAAGACGUUGAUCCAGACACGUCGCCGUUUCUUUCCACCUGGAACUUUAUAUAUUCGCCACAAGAGAUCGAUAAGGUUGUCGCCCUCGCACGAGCUAACUUCGAAGCCGGCAGAGACCAAACGAAGAGGACUGUCAGGGCUGUAUAUGAGAGGAAAAAGGCUAAAAGACUGGAGGCGGAGGAGAAGGAGAAGAUUCAGCGGUGGAAGAGGCACCUACGAGAGCAUGGAGACCAUUUUCAAUGA